AUGAUGCCGCUUCUCUUCUUGUUGCUGUUACCGAUCGGGACAUCUGGCUCUGAGCUCUACUUUCCACAGUCGGAUCUGACCGUGCGGAUACCGUACCUUCCGUCCCUAACAUCUUCGUGGAACUUGAAAUUGCUCGAGCUGAGGACGCUUCGGAACGACUCGACGGAUCCGAAACGCGCAAAUUAUCGAGUGUCCCGCGAACAGAUCGCUUCGAUAGAUCCCGAAACCGAUACACUGUUGUUGCACGCUCCCCCUAAACAAGGAUCAAAUGGAUUCGAUACGAUCGUGGUCCUGGCCAAGGAAAAUAGCAGUAACGAGGCGGUGUUGGAGAUAAAGGUGAAACCGUUGCGCGUAGACAGCAAGCAAAUUAACUGCACCGAUUACGUUCAGGACAUGUGCUUUUGGAACGCGUCCAAGUACAGGAUCUACGAGAAUCAACCGGUCGCGAUGAUCGGUACCUUCGGACCUACCCUUUACACCGACAUCUGUCCAAACUUUCACGUCACAGACUACAAGCUGUUGAACGGUACCGAAUACUUUCACGUGGCGGACGGCUCGCUGUUCGCGAACCCGUUUUUAGACAGAGACGCGUCCGGUCCAGCACCGGCCGGGCCUGGUCCCCGAGUCAGCGUUCAAGUUCAGUGCAUAGUCUGGGAGGAGAUGACCGGGACACAGUACGCCCCGAUCAACACGUUGCAGGUCGAUGUCUUGGAUCAGGACGACAAUCCGCCAAUGGCGCAGGGGAACGCCUCUAUCGCCAUUACGCUUCGCGAGUUUACCACGGGUGACAAACUGGUGGACGACAACAACUUGAUACUGAAAGACGCGGAUGCCGAAACCAGUAAUCGCUAUACCGUGCGUAUACUUGGGGACAGUCACGAUGCUCUCAACAUCACCUACAACACUCUGCCUAUCGAGGCCUUCGACGGAGGCGUUCCUUACACCGCGAUAUUCACAAGAAUUUCCGCGAAAACCACUCUGCUACCCAAGUCUCCUUAUCGCGUAACCCUUCAAGUGAAGGACGAAACUCUCCUUCCGGGACACGGCCAAGACACUCUAAACAUCACGCUGACUUUUUACGGACCGGAGCAUCGAACGACCACGACCACGCCGAUACCACCGGUGUCUUCCAGCAGACAGCAACAAGCCUUCUCCUAUCCUUCGAAUGUAAAAGUCGCGAGGAUCGCGUCCCGUUACACGCGAAUCGCGAAACCUUCCAACGAACCGCAUCCCUCCGUCAAUUUCACCGUCCACGGAUCGAACGCGUUCGCCGUCACCCGAACAACUGGCAUCGUUUACGUGCUCGACGAAGAUCUGCUCAAGACAGAGCCAGCUAACUUGCUGCUCAAAGUGAAGUGGAGUGGAAAGGAUCACGCGGUCUCCUCCAAGAGUAUCAGAAUCAAUUUGCCGGAAAAGUGCGUGUCCAGCUGCGGUGUCGGCAGCGGCCUUUACAGCAAGGGCAACUUCUCCGGACAAUGCGCGUGGAGGUGGAACAAACGGUCGAACGAAGUUUCCACGAUGUCGGACCACUACCCGACCUGUUCGCCGGAUUUGACUCACUGCCCUGACAACCAGUGCGACGAGCUCGAACGACUCGACCCUCGCAUUUGCCCGCAGGAUUGCACCGUCGAAUCGGACGUGCAUUUCGCUCAUAUGAACAAGGGCGGGCGUGGAAUCAAAAGCGCUUCGGGAAUCUGCGCGUGCAACGACAUGCUCCAAUGCACCUGCAACGUGGAGCACUUACCUAGACGUCACGACAACCUCGGGAAAGCCAGCAAGGAGGGAAAAGAGAGCAAGUUGCGAGAGCAAGGGAACGAGAUAGCAAUGCCGGACGCUAGGAAAGCGUCUCACGGAUCGUGCGGUCCCUUCUGCAUGAUAGGCGUGAUCGGAGGCAGUUUCUUCGUGCUGAUCGCGAUCGUUGGUUCCUUCGUCACUUCGAGAUACAGAUUGGCCGCGAAAGAGGCGCGACGGGAAGGGAAACGAAGGGUGGACGGUGACUCGAACGGAGCCAGUAUACUACCCUCGGACUACAUCGACCGCGGUGACGGCCUGUUGAUCGGCUUGGACACCUUCACCGCGGCAAAUCGUCAUCUGCUUCUUCCGAAAACGUCUCCGCCGGAUCCGAAAUGGGAAUUUCCACGAUCGCGAUUGACCAUCGAACAAGUAUUGGGCGAGGGAGAAUUCGGUCGAGUGUUACGAGCAACAGCGGUGGACAUCGGUGGAAUUUCCGGAGCGACGACCGUCGCUGUGAAAACGUUGAAGGAGAACGCCUGCGCCUCCGAAUUGGCGGAUUUGCUCUCCGAGUAUCAGCUCCUGAAGGAAGCUCAGCAUCCGAACGUGAUCAGACUGCUGGGUGCUUGCACCACUCCUGGGGCUCCGGUCUAUCUCAUCAUCGAGUUCGCCGAGUUUGGCUCGCUACGGAAUUACUUGAGGCGCAGCCGACAUUUGGAAUCCGGUGGAUGUGGCUCGUCCUUGUCCAACGCCGACGAACAGUUGCACGCCGUGGACCGAACGUCCGCCUACACGGUCACUCCGCGCGAUAUCCUUUCGUUCGCUUGGCAGAUUAGCAAGGGAAUGGCCUACCUCGCGGAUAUUAAGCUGGUCCAUAGGGAUCUCGCAGCCAGAAACGUGCUACUCGCCGCUGAGAAAGUCUGCAAAAUCUCCGAUUUUGGACUGACGCGUGACGUUUACGAAGACGAUGCUUAUCUGAAGCGCAGCAAAGGCCGAGUACCGGUGAAAUGGAUGGCACCGGAGUCUCUCGCUGAUCACGUAUAUACCAGCAAAUCGGACGUUUGGAGCUUCGGCGUUCUCCUUUGGGAGUUGGUCACUUUGGGCGCCUCUCCUUACCCCGGCGUGGACGUGCACAAUCUCUAUAAUCUGUUGAAGGCCGGAUACCGUAUGGAGAGACCGGCGAAUUGCUCGCAACACCUGUACAAGCUCAUGAUAUCCUGCUGGCACCAACAGCCUGCCAUGAGGCCAUCCUUCAAACAACUCACCAACCAUUGGGAGAAGAUGUUAGAGGACACCGUCGAAUACUUGGAUCUGAAUCCAAGAACCGUUCACAAUCAGGCUUAUUUCGCCUCUCUUCACGCGUUGGACAGUCCAACCAGUUCCGGUAACGAGGCCACGGACGACGCCGAGAACGUUGUCAACUACCUAGAGAAACCGUCCUCCGAUACGGUGACCAAGUGCGACAAGAUCGACAAGCUCCAUACCCUUUGGCAACAGCCUAUAGCAUCUUUCCCCGAGGAAUCCGUCAAGUUGGCUUACGUGAACGAUCAUCGGUUACCGAUCGGUUUCACCGUCAAUCAUUACGAGAGCCCUAUCAAACUUAGAAACACCAGCAGCGUUACCAGCAACAGUGAGAACGACCUAGUCACGCCUACCAACGAACGCGCGCAAUCUUACAUCGACAUGGAGGGGAAGAAGUCCGCGGAAGCGGAACCGGAGGCGGAAGAGCUUCUUGUCUUCGCCAGUGCGAACGAUAACAAUGAAAGGGAUCGAGAGAAUUGA